CUGGAGCUGAAUGAGAGAUCGCGCCGGCGACGGUCGGGGAGCGCUACCCCGUGAGGAGACGGCGGCGGUUCAGCAGCAGCAGCCGCCCCCGGGCCGGCGUCGUGGGUCCAGCCUCUGAGGCGGCGGCCGCACAGGAAUAAUGUAUUUGUUGCCUUGGACUUGAAAUAAUCAUACCGCUACUACAGUAAACAGAAGGCUAAGAACUGAUGUUGUGGGAAAUAUGGACCUAAUGAACGGGCAGUCAAGCAACAUUAACAUUGCAGCUACUGCUUCAGAGAAAAGUAGCAGUUCCGAAUCAUUAAGUGACAAAGGCUCUGAACUAAAGAAGAGUUUUGAUGCUGUGGUAUUCGAUGUUCUUAAGGUUACACCAGAAGAAUAUGCGGGUCAGAUAACAUUAAUGGAUGUCCCAGUAUUUAAGGCUAUUCAACCAGAUGAGCUUUCAAGUUGUGGAUGGAAUAAAAAAGAGAAGUAUAGUUCUGCACCAAACGCAGUUGCCUUCACAAGAAGAUUUAAUCAUGUAAGCUUUUGGGUGGUUCGAGAGAUCCUUCAUGCACAGACAUUAAAAAUCAGAGCAGAAGUUUUGAGUCAUUAUAUUAAAACUGCGAAGAAAUUGUAUGAAUUAAAUAACCUCCAUGCACUUAUGGCAGUGGUGUCUGGUUUACAAAGUGCCCCCAUCUUCAGACUAACUAAACACUGGUCCUUAUUGAGUCGAAAAGAUAAAACUACUUUUGAAAAAUUGGAAUAUGUAAUGAGUAAAGAAGAUAAUUAAAGACUUAGAGACUAUAUUAGUAGUUUGAAGAUGACACCUUGCAUUCCAUAUUUAGGCAUCUAUCUGUCAGAUCUGACUUAUAUUGAUUCUGCAUAUCCAUCAACUGGCAGCAUUCUAGAAAAUGAGCAGAGAUCAAAUUUAAUGAAUAACAUCCUUCGAAUAAUCUCUGAUUUACAGCAGUCUUGUGAAUAUGAUAUUCCCAUGUUGCCUCAUGUCCAGAAAUAUCUGAACUCCGUUCAAUAUAUAGAAGAACUACAAAAAUUUGUGGAAGAUGAUAAUUACAAGCUUUCAUUAAAGAUAGAGCCAGGAACAAGCACACCACGUUCUGCUGCUUCCAGAGAAGAUUUAGUAGGUAAUAAGUGGGGAGCAUCUCCACAAGGUGUGAAGAAAAACAUAGCAGCAGAAGGAGCCUUGCUACCACAGACACCUCCGUCACCCAGGAAUCUGAUACCACAUGGACACAGGAAGUGCCAUAGCCUUGGUUAUAAUUUCAUUCAUAAAAUGAACACAGCAGAAUUUAAGAGUGCAACAUUCCCCAAUGCAGGGCCAAGACAUCUACUGGAUGACAGUGUCAUGGAGCCCCAUGCACCAUCCCGAGGACAGGCUGAAAGCUCUACUUUGUCUAGUGGAAUAUCAAUAGGUAGCAGUGAUGGGUCUGAGCUUAGUGAAGAGACCUCAUGGCCUGCCUUUGAAAGGAACAGAUUAUACCAUUCUCUCGGUCCGGUGACAAGAGUGGCACGAAAUGGCUAUCGGGGCCACAUGAAGGCCAGCAGUUCUGCAGAGUCAGAAGAUUUGGCUGUACAUCUGUAUCCAGGAGCAGUUACUAUUCAAGGUGUUCUCAGGAGGAAAACUGUUUUAAAAGAAGGCAAAAAGCCCACAGUAGCAUCUUGGACAAUAUGGGCAGCUUUGUGUGGGACGCAACUUUUUUACUAUGGCAAGUCCCUAAAGGCUACAGAGAGAAAGCAUUUUAAAUCCACGUCAAAUAAGAAUGUAUCUGUAGUAGGAUGGAUGGUGAUGAUGGCUGAUGACCCUGAACACCCAGAUCUCUUCUUGCUGACAGACUCUGAGAAAGGAAACUCAUACAAGUUUCAAGCUGGUAAUAGAAUGAAUGCAAUGCUGUGGUUUAAACAUUUGAGUGCAGCCUGCCAAAGCAACAGACAACAGGUUCCUACCAACUUGAUGACUUUUGAGUAAAAGACAGGGUGAAAGCCUACAAAAGAAGACAGAUGAAGUGUGGAUCACAAGUGUGGAGUAGGGCCCUGCUGAUGAACGGGUGCCAGCUAUACAAAUCUGUGCCAGGCCAGAGCCUGCAGGCUCAGCCUCUAGACUUUGCAGAACUGAACAAACAAACAAAAAGCACUAAUUUCAGGGAGUGGACUCACAAUGAGCACUAUUCCCAGAGUGAAAAAUUGGAGUUGCAACAUGAACUGCCAUGGACCGUGCUUCUUGUCUCUGAACUGACCUUUGGAAACCACUGCCUUAAAGAGUGAAAGGAGAAACACCAUGAAACACCAAAUAGUGCGUGUGAGGCUUGUGGCGGUGCUGGGCUAGGGGAGACUGCAGCUAGCUCGAUUUUCUUUGACCUUUCUACUCGUUUUGGAGGGGGGGGAUCACAUUUUUUAGCUAUUCUUUAAAGAAAAAAGUAAAACCUUUCUUACAGGUUACAUUAGGAGCUGGGUUUGAACUGUGGAUAUAACGAAAUUCUCACAUUCUAGGGAUGAUACCAGCAGCCCAUUUUAAGAACUUCUCUCAUCCUCCAGUCAUCUGUAGCCCCACACUUUCUCUCAGACCAAGAGUGGAAGAACUGUAAUUGUAAUAAUGUGAUGGGGAGGGUGGGGGAGGGGUUGUUGUUGUCGAUGUUUUUAUUGUUGUUUUAAACACUAAACUUGCAAUUCUUAGUACUGUAUGGGGGACAUUAUUUUCCACAGGAGGCACAAAGGCUGAGCAGUCAUACACCAGACCCUUGAGGAGGGUGGGGGUGGGGAUGUUGUUUUUGUUGAAAAAUCCAAAAAAGCAUGGAUGUUUCUAACUGGGUUUAAAAUUUAGACCCGUUGUCUGAUUCUACGAGCAUUUGCAUUAUUGAACGACAGGGAGAUAGACUUAGGAGAGAAUUGUAAUCUUAAACUAGACAUCCUACCCAAAGGUGAUUUCAUAAUAACCAUAUAACAUAAUUGGAGGAUCAUCCAGUUUUCCAGUCAUGUGUGAUUUAUGUCAGCAAGGUAUUACAUACCUGUUGGGAUCAGAAUUCAAGAACUUUCCUUUUAUAGUGUUUAAACUACAGAGUGCCAGAGUUUAUUUUCUUGAAAUUAUUCAUUUUAAUUAUUAUUCAAGAAGAAACUCAGUAGCACAUUGGUUUAAAGUCUUCCCACUGUGUACAUGAUUUUUUUAAAAUAAAUUGAACAUGGAAAAUUUUUUUAAUUUUAAGAUGGAUGUAGUUAAACAAUCAUUUUGAAAGGGAAAAAUAUAAUGUAUGAAUGAAUUUGAGACAGAUUAUAAAAACUUAACUUCUUAUACAAGUUACCCUUUAUAAUAAGACAUUUUUCUAGAAACUUAGUAAAGACCUUUAACAGGAAAUCAUAUCCUAUUACUUAAAUUUUAUAUCUAUCUUUUGAAUUACCAAACUGUGCGGUCUUCUAUGCAACACUCCAUUUAACUACAGAAAUAUGAAGAGAGAAUAAUGAUUACAAUACAGUCUAAAUCCUAUCACCUCGGAACUUCAGAAUGAGCACUUGAACAAAGAUUAACUAUUUGGUCAGCUACACAAUUAUCGUUAAGUAAACUUUUGAAGCCUCUUACAUUUUAAAAGUAGCUCAAAUUAAGAAAUAUCACAUGACAUUUUCUAGGAAUUGAUUUAUAUCUCCACAUUCCUAUUAUAAAAUUAGCCUCAUAUAAAGAGAAUAAUUUUACACAUAUUUUCUUAGGUGGUUUUUUUUUUUUGCUUUUUACCAUAAGUAUUUAGCCCUUGAUCCUGUGAAAUUUUAAAUAGGUAAUAUUAUUAAACCCAGAAAUAAGGAUCAAUUAUGGUGAGAAAGGGGAUGUUGUGAUGCUGAAGUCUUUCUCAGUGUUAAGUUCUGUGGGUUUUUUUGUUUCUGAAAAGGAUGUAGCAAUUGCUUAGUAUGUAUCUGAUACAAGGCAGUUAGAAACAUUUGAUUUAGUAUCCAUUAUCUUCUGGUUUUGUCUAUUGUAUGAGAUAAUGGUUUUGACUUCAAAAUGUCUUAUUUUGGAAAGUGACAUGAAUUGGAAGAUGGCACAAGUAGUUGCCUUUGAUGAAUCAUUUUUCAAUUCAUGCAUCCCCCGAGUCUGACCCACGUUGGGUACAUAGCAAAGACGCCAUCUGCAUAGCCAGCAGUAUUACUCUGUAGACUUUGCACAUCUUUUGUUUUGUUUUUUGUUUUUUUUUUUUUAAUUCCUUAAUGUGUUUUGUUUCCUUUCAGAAAUAAGUGUUUUUGACAGUGUGUGUACUUUAAAAGAGUAAGACAGUGUCGAUGAGAUCCCUGUGGAUUUUUAAAUAUACAUAAGCUAAUGUUGCAGGCUAACUAUUCUGUUCUCAUGUUAGAGCAAAAGUAUGCAAUUGGGGUCCGAGCCUGACAUCAUAUAGUUUUGCCAAAGACAGAGAACCGUGUUGGGUUGGAAGGUGUGUUUGGCCGUUUUUACUCUUUCAUCCACCUAUGCAUAGAAGAAAUGCCGAAACUUGAUUGUAACAAUUCCACUUGACCCACGGAUAUAUUCAAGAUUUUUUAUUUAUCUCUUAACUUUGGAUUGAUCAAUUUCAAGGAAUUGGUCAUCGAUGCCAAGAUUAUAAUAUUUAAAACCAAUUAGAACUAAUCGUCAUCAUUUAAAACAUUGUAGGUACAAUCCAGAAGUUCACUAUUUUUGUCUUAUUGAUGUUCAUUCAAAUGAAUUUCCUAGGAUAGCAGAACCACUUGCCAAGUUUCCUAAGUGGUUCAUUAGAAAAGAAGGUUUCCUCCUGUCUUAUUAAGCCUGCUGUCACUUCAGUUUCUGUGUGUUUCAAAUAAGAUCAUAAAUAUGUCCUUUUUUCCUCCCUUCUCUUACCCAGAAUACACUUACAAGGUCAUUGAAACUGAUUUCAGGAAUAAAACCAUAAGAGUUCCAUAUCCAAAAUCCCUGAAUGAACAUCAACAAACACUUCAUUUGAGACACGUGUUUUCCAACUUAUUCUAACACUGAAGUGUGUUUUUAGUGUAGAAAUAAGACCCUGAUUCUAAAAGCUUGGGAUUAAGUACAUUUCAUUUGACUUUGCAUUCACAUGUUUGCUGCUGAUUCUCAUCCCAGGUUCAAGUCUUACACGCUGUGUCUUCAGAGUAUUCUUUUUAGAGAACCCUCCACAUUGUGAGGCUUAAGAGAGAAGUGGUCAAACACACCUUCCUUUUCUCCAUUGUUAGUCAUCCUGACAUUACAGAAAGGGAUCCACACAAUUGGAGUUUGAGUAUUUCUUCCUGGGCAUGUGUACUUCAUUUUCACAAAACUAUUUCCUGUGGAAAAUGCCAUAUGACUACUGCACUAUGUACUGUAUGAACUGUGUUGAUAUUCAAUAGAGCUACAUGUUCAGUCUACUGAAAACAAGGAUGAUUAUAGCAGUAAGGUACUUGGACUGAUUCUUAAUUGUCUUCCAAAAGACUUAUUAGAGGGCCAUAAAAAAUGUUAAGUGAUUGGCUGAAAUUCACUAUAUUUGGGGUCCUUUAAUAAGUAGCCUUCUGAAUCCUCUGCUUGUCUUUGCUGUGCUUCAAGUUUUAUCUGACCAUUUAGGCUUAUUUUAAAUGUUUCUUGUCCAAACUAUACUUCAGUGUUUUUUAAAGUAAGAUUCUGUGCUGUACAUGUUUAUUGCUAUAAUGCAGAUAGAGGCUAUCAAAUGAAGGAGUCAAAAAAAAAAUCAAUGGAAGACUUGCUUUUUUGACAAAAAAGAAGCUCUAGUUCUAUUGUUGGUUUCCCAACCACUUCCUGAAGCACAAUUAAAUUACUAGUCCAACAUAGCAUCUUGCUCUGAGAAUGAGGUACUAAGUACAACAGUGUUGUCUGUAAGAAGGCCUUUAUUGUUCCAACAAAAUCUCAGGCUCCAAAGGCCCGAAUAAUUAAAUCCCUUCUUUGCAAAUGGAGAAUUCGAUUAUGUCCUGGUAGAACAAUAAGACGACUAUCCUAAGUCUAGAUAUGACAAAGCACGUGGUGAUGUCUAUCUGACUUUUUCAGUGGCAUUUUACUGUGGGUUUUUCUUUUGUUUAGAUUUAUAUUCUUUUCAAAAGUCAGAUUGUUUUCAAGGUCAAUGUGGUGUAUACUGCCUUCUCUAGGCUUCAGAGUGUGAGAACUAGUAUUAAAUCACAUUGCUGAUGAGUUGUUCUUCAUGUGAAAUCAAUCUUUUAAAAAUUAUUUAAAUGCCUUUUUUUUGUUUUCCUUUCCCCCAAAAUGGCUUGUGUCUUACAUGAUGUUCUACAUGGAGAGUUCUGUCAAAAGAAAUGUGUAUAUACAAGCACUGAACUUGUUGAAAAGGUAGAUUCAAGUUACAGUGUGAGGAAAAUUUGGUCAGUGCCUUAUCCAUUUGAAGACCAAUUCUAAGGCAGAGAGUAUGACAAUAAUCAUUUGCACGCUGACUCCUCUUAAUCCAGGAGGAUGUGCUGUCCCUCUCUCCACCAGCUAAACCUUCCUUACAGUAAGACCGAGAACAUGUGUAGGUAGGUGUCAGAAUCUUCCUUAUGGUUUGAGCCUUUUUAGACAUACUACCUCUCUGUACACCCUGUCUUGUACCUUAAACCUUGUCAUUAAACAAGUCCUUUUAAAAAAAAAUUUGAGAACUAUCUGAUGUCUUGUUAAGAGAGAACUUCUGUCAACAUAGAACAAAUAGAAGACCCUUUUUCAAGAGCUUUGGGAAAAGAGAAAAUGUAACCAUUCUAUAAUUACUGAAAUCUUGGCUCAAGAGGACUAGCUCUUAGUUCAGAAUUGUCUAUAUCAGCCAGAAAUGAGACCUUCUCCUUAGUUUGGUCAGUCAGUCACUCAUCUUUAUGGUCUCUUGAAAAUAUAACAGGAAAGCUAGAUGUCUUCAGCAAAAGCUUCCUAGUGCCCUUAGUUAAUAUCGUUUAAAGUUUAUAAAAUGUUUCCAUUUAAUAAUUUUAUAAUCAUUCCUCAGUGAAAACUAGUCUCAAGAACAAUCCUUCACCAAAAUUAAUGUAAGCAUCAUUUAAUACAGGAGAUUUUUGAGCUCAGAAGCAUAACAUAAGGAGAAGAAAUAAAUAAAAUUAGUUUUUUACUAAUAAAAACUAAACACUUCUAAAAGCUUGGAACUUUUACUUCUGAGUUCAUUAUAAGAAUUGGAGCUACUGUUCAACUAAUUCACUUUGCUAAAAUGUUCUCUUUUUAAAGUGCUAGUGUGAUGCCGAACAGGCAUAUUCAACGGGUCUUUGAAGCCAAGUGUAGGGUUAACCAAGUCCUUUGGGGCUAUUAGCAAGAGCAGAAUUUAAAUUUUGAGUCCAACUAUUUGUACUGCAAAAUAGUGGUGGGAUUGUUGGAAUGGAAGAUUGGGAUACAGCUUUGGUUGAAUGCUUUUCCUGAAUUAACAAGCCAAAAGCAACAUGACUAUCAGAUGCCCUCUCAAUACCAGGUAGCCAGUGUUAAGUUUCCCCUUAUGGUAUAUGUCUUACUAGUGCUACUCAUAAAUAUGAUCCAAUGACAGUAUAUUAAGCAAGUAAGUUGCAGCAUAAUGAAAGAAAGAGGCUCUAGAAUGAUACCUGUUUACAAAUUUCCAGGAUUUCUAGGGCUUUUGACACCUUGAUUAUUGACAAACUCAUUGCUUCGAAACCUACAAGAGUGUAUGUAUGGGGAGGAGAGAGUCAUACAACUUAAUCUAAUGAGGAUCAAAAUCUGUGGGAAUCAGUAUCCAAAUAGAUAUGAAAUAGUGUUAAUAUGCAGUAAACACAAGCCAUUUUUAUUUCUCUUUAUCCCAGUUACCCCAGGGUACAGUCAUGAUAGAGAAUUCAGUUGCACUAUGACCUCAUUGAGUGAUGUGCAUCUUGACUUUUGGAAUUUUUGUUUCUUUUUAAUAUGUAAGUGAGUGUGUGUGUGAUCUUCUGUGUGUUUGCAUACACUAGUUUAAAAUGAAUUUAAGUGCAGA